AAAUGGUGUCUGCAGCUGAGAGACUUGUGAUGUACCUGGAGUCCCUCCAAGUUGAUCAGCAAUCCUAUGAGGCAAUUCAUCUAUGUCAGCAUCAUCAGGAUAACAAUCAACAGAGACAGUGGAGAAGAUGUGAGCUCCCCUAAACACGGGAAGGAGGACCCAGACAACAUGCCCCAUGUGGGUGGCAAUACUUGGGCUGGUGGAACAGGAGGAAGAGACACUGCAGGUCUGGGAGGAAAAGGAGGUCCUUAUCGGCUGGAUGCAGGUCACACAGUGUACCAGAUCUCUGAUGCUGAGAAGGACGCCGUUCCUGAAGAGGUCAAGAGAGCUGCAAGAGAGAUGGGCCAGAGAGCAUUUCAACAGAGGUGAGUGUUCACGUCACAUGUA